AUGGUCCAGCGGCCUACACGCCCAACGCCAUAUAUAGGGACGAUACAAAUGAGUAACUCGCAGGCCCAUACAGAGGGAUGGGACCAGCUGCUGGCGCUACCUGGCCCACCGACCGCAGGACCGCCGCCGGUCUCUCGAUCGCCGCCGACAGACUACGGGGUGUUCGUGGUGAACAUGCUCGGACGAAUGACGCGGACGGGUGGGACGAUCGACCAGCGAGUGCUGCGACGCUGUCUCGGGCUGUCAUCGUCGUAUCUGAUCACUGACACGACGAUGAACGCGGAGCAUGGACUGAACAGCUGGCACACGGGGUUCGGCCGGCUGAUCGAUGUGGUGGUGGCGCUGCACGCGCGGGGGGAGCUGGAGGUGGAGACGAUCAGCAAGGCGAGCAAGUCGUGCUCGGAGUGCUGGACGGUGGCGGGGCUGUGGAAGGAGACGGAUGGGAGCAGAGAGAGCGUGAAGGGAGUCGCCAUCCGCUUGAAGGAGCUGCUCGACGGUGGCGGGAAGACGUACCGGGGCGUGCGCAUAUAUGCGCCCUGA